UGGAGACUGAAAGACUGAAAAAUCGGGUGAGUCAAAGGCGACAUCGGGUUUUGCGGGGCGAAGUGCGAACAGCAACGCCCGUCUUGUCGUCGGUCAUCCAGCGGAGUCACCUCAUCCACAUUUUGUUGCCUGCCUUCAGUUUUAUUCUUCUUUGUUCCUUGUUAACUGACCAGCAACCCACUCACUCUACACCUCUCCCUCUUGCUCGGUUCCUGGAUUGCCUUUUUCUCUUCACGGACUGCUUCAAAUCACACUUGUCCCGCUUAGCAUUGUGCACAAGUCCAGUCAUUAUUCCCAAUCCAGCUGCAGUCAUACACAAUGGAGGGUAUUAAGCAGACUUUCCAGCGCUGCAAGGCCCAGAACAGGGCCGCGCUCGUCACCUAUGUCACGGCCGGUUUCCCGCACCCCGAGCAGACCCCCGAUAUUCUCCUGGCCAUGGAGAAGGGCGGCGCCGACGUGAUCGAGCUCGGUGUCCCCUUUACCGACCCCAUUGCUGAUGGCCCGACCAUCCAGACUGCCAACACUAUUGCUCUCCAGCAUGGCGUUACCCUCCAGUCGACCCUGCAGAUGGUGCGCGACGCCCGCCAGCGCGGCCUCAAAGCCCCCGUCAUGCUCAUGGGCUACUACAACCCUCUGCUCAGCUACGGCGAGGAGCGUCUCCUCAACGACUGCAAGGAGGCCGGCGUCAACGGCUUCAUCAUUGUUGACUUGCCCCCUGAGGAGGCCGUCUCCUUCCGCCAGCUCUGCACCCGCGGCGGUCUCUCCUACGUCCCCUUGAUUGCGCCCGCCACCUCGGACGCCCGUAUGCGCGUUCUCUGCCAGCUCGCCGACUCCUUCAUCUACGUUGUCUCCCGCCAGGGUGUCACCGGCGCUUCCGGCACUCUCAACGCCAACCUUCCCGAGCUCCUCGCCCGCGUCAAGAAGUACAGCGGCAACAAGCCCGCUGCCGUUGGUUUCGGUGUCAGCACCCACGACCACUUCACUCAGGUUGGCGCCAUUGCCGACGGUGUCGUUGUUGGUAGCAUGAUCAUCACCACUAUACAGAAGGCCGCCAAGGGUGAGGAGGUCAAGGCUGUCCAGGAGUACUGCUCCUACCUGUGCGGACGCAACUUCGAGCAGUCCGCUCACGAGCUCAACAUGGGCGAGGCCCUCGAAGCUGCCAAGGAACCUGUGGGUACUGCCACCGUCGACGGCGUCAUCACCGAGGCCGACAUUGACGCUCAGCUCGCCGCUCUCCACGGCACCAUCCCCAAGCGUUUCGGCGAGUUCGGUGGUCAGUACGUCCCUGAGGCGCUCAUGGACUGCUUGUCCGAGCUUGAGGAGGGUUUCAACAAGAUCAAGGACGAUCCCGCUUUCUGGGAAGAGUAUCGCUCUUACUACCCCUGGAUGGGCCGUCCCGGUCAGCUCCACAAGGCCGAGCGUCUCACCGAGUACGCUGGUGGCGCCAACAUCUGGCUGAAGCGUGAAGAUCUCAACCACACUGGUUCCCACAAGAUCAACAACGCUCUUGGCCAGCUGCUGCUCGCCCGCAGACUCGGCAAGAAGAAGAUUAUUGCCGAGACCGGUGCCGGUCAGCACGGUGUCGCCACUGCCACCGUGUGCGCCAAGUUCGGCAUGGAGUGCACCGUCUUCAUGGGUGCCGAGGAUGUCCGUCGCCAGGCUCUCAACGUCUUCCGCAUGAAGCUUCUCGGCGCCAAGGUCGUCGCCGUUGAGGCCGGCAGCCGCACCCUCCGUGACGCCGUCAACGAGGCUCUCCGCUACUGGGUUGUCAACCUCGCCGAUACCCACUACAUCAUCGGUUCCGCCAUUGGCCCUCACCCCUUCCCCACCAUUGUGCGUACUUUCCAGUCCGUCAUCGGCAACGAGACCAAGCAGCAGAUGCUGGAGAAGCGCGGCAAACUCCCCGACGCUGUCGUCGCCUGCGUUGGUGGUGGUAGCAAUGCCGUCGGCAUGUUCUACCCCUUCUCCAACGACCCCAGCGUCAAGCUUCUCGGUGUUGAGGCCGGUGGUGACGGUGUCGACACUCCCCGCCACAGUGCUACCCUUACCGCCGGCAGCAAGGGUGUCUUGCACGGUGUCCGUACCUAUAUCCUUCAGAACCAAUACGGCCAGAUCGAGGACACCCACUCCAUCUCUGCCGGUCUUGAUUACCCCGGUGUCGGCCCGGAGCUGUCCAACUGGAAGGAUACCGAGCGCGCCAAGUUUGUGGCUGCCACGGAUGCCCAGGCCUUUGAGGGUUUCCGUCUGAUGAGCCAGCUGGAGGGUAUCAUUCCCGCGCUGGAGUCUUCCCACGGUAUCUGGGGUGCUCUGGAGCUGGCCAAGACCAUGAAGCCGGACGAGGAUGUUGUCAUUUGCUUGUCGGGUCGCGGUGACAAGGAUGUUCAGAGCGUUGCUGAUGAGCUUCCUAUUAUUGGCCCCAAGAUUGGCUGGGACUUGCGCUUUUAAGUGCUAGUUAUGUUUUGAAAACCAGACCAAGCACCACAAGUCUGAUCAUCUGAUGCUAUAUAGCUUCGAUUCUUUACACCAUCUGAACCACACGCUGUUCACCGGGUAAGACCGGUUGGAUGGAUUCAAUAGAUUCCCUGUUCCAGGUGCUUGACUGUCCCAUUCGUUGCCUGUGAUGCCGAUGCGUUAAUGACCACUCCUUGAUCACUAAAACCAAUCGCACAGACUGUCAUGGCCGUACAUACCUACCAUUUCCCUUUCGAAACCAUCCUUCUUGUGUUGGUAUCAAUAACCCUCGCCUAAUUACGCCCUGAUCAUGACCCAUAGCUCGUGCUCAUGACUCAUAACUCAUAUCCCAGCCAGCCGAGCAACACAUCCACCCAUUGCCCAGAAUCACUCACACCCCUUGCAAACCCAACCGCUCCAAAUCCCUCCUCACAACCUCUACCUCCCUCUCUAUCUGGGCAUAAACCCUCGCAAUCUCCCUCAUUACUUUUUCCUUUUCCACAUCUCCUCCCCUUUUGCCUUCCCCACCUUUCUUCUCUUCCCCCUCUCCCUCUCCCUCUCUAUAUCCUUCCCCCUCUCCCCCUCCAUAUCCUCCUCCUCCUUCUUCCUCGAUAUGAACCUCAACACCAUACCCCCCCAACACCUCCUCCCCCCUUUCAAUUUCCCCUCUUAUCCUCUCCUGCUCACCUACCAACCACUUUUUGUAUUCUCCCAAACAUUUCCUGACCUCAGGUGUAUACACCUCCCUCUUCACCCCUAGAACAGCAAGUUCGCUCUCCUUCUCUGCCUUUUCAGCCAACAAGGCAGUCUCGGAUGCCUUAAACUCGAGACUGCGCGCUAUGGGACCGUGUUUGGCUUCGAGGGUUUUUAUCAAAAGGGUGAAAGCUGUAGAGUAUUGGGAGAGGAGGUCGCGGACUGCUUCGGCUGUGGCGAGACGGGAGUGGAGGAGGGAGGAGUGGAGGGUGGGUAGGGUUUUAGUAGUGAGACGGGAGAUGGUGGUGGGGAGGGUGGGGAUUGUGAGAGGGGGUGUGGAAGUAGGGUUGCUGGUGGUAGUAGUAGAUAUUGAGGGAUGAGAAAGACGGCGGGCGAGGUGGACGAGGUGGGAAGCUUGAGAGUGGAGGGUUGUUGAUAGGAGGGGACCGAGGUACGGUAAGAGGGUAGGAAGAAGAGAAAGGGGAGGGGAGGUUAGGAUUAGUAAGAGGGAGUCGAAGUCUAGAGGGGGGGUUUCGGGAGAGGAGAAAUCUAGCGAGAGGAAAGAAGGGAGAAGGAGGAGGAGGUCGGUUAGUGGUUGUUUGAGGUUGGGUGGGAUGGUGGGUGGUGGUGGUGGUUGGAGACCAAUUGAAAGGGAAGGAUUUUGGUUGAACUCUGGUUCCACAGGAAUGGGGAUGGGAUCGAGAACGGUGGUUGAGAGGGCGUGGAUAAGGAGGUGUUCGGUGGUGGCGGCGAGGCGAUGCUUGUUUAGUUCCUUUGGAUUUUGUUAAACACAAAUCCGUAGAUAUUGAAAGAAAAGAAGAAGAAAAAAAAAGAGAUUGCUUACAUCAGUGACUG